AGACGCAAGGCAGCCAGUCACAUUUAAAACACCGGUAAACGAAGUUCGUUUUCAUUUCGUGUGCUUUGUUUUGGCUGAAGAAAUUAAUGUAAAAUGUUAAUUAUGCAUUCAGUAUCAUUGAUAACGUUAACAUUAGUAUUUUUUGUGAUAAAUGUUGAAGGCCAGGUGGAACAAGUCGUUCAACAUAGAAAUCGUAUACACCAACAUUCAGAGCCAAGGGUAGCGUUAAGUGCACAGUCAACGGACAACAAAUCAAUUGAACAUGCACUGGAAAGUAUCAAUGACAAAUUAUCAAUAUUGCAAUCUCGGGACGAAGAACACAUUAAACGAUUAGAUUCCAUUGAAUUGAGAAUAAAUCGAGUUCAGGCUGCAAAUAAUGAAAAGACAGAAAGCAUCCGGUCGGAGCUACGAAAUUUCGUUAGUAAAUUCGAGGCCGUUGCGUCGGUUAUAGGUAAUAUUGACGCAACGCUAAAUCAAAUCAAGUUAGGUGCCGAUGAUGGAACUAUAAGCUCUGAUUCUCAUAAAUUGAAGUCACGAUCGGUACCAUCAGAUGAUUUGGAUCAAAAACUCGAAGCACUGGCCACGCUUCUAGCGUCAACACGAGCAGCUGUUGCCCGUGUUGAAAAAGGAGUCGCACAGUUACAAGGGAAUUUUACUCACCUUCAAGCAUCGACAAAGACAAUCCAUCAUUUCCAGCGUCACAUACCAACCAAACAAUUCCUAAAUAACAUUCUUCAAAAUGCCCGAUCUCAGCUUCUUCCAUCAAACAACGACGAUACUAUCGCUUCCAGUUGCCAUGAUAUUGAAGACCCACAAACUGGAAUUUACCAGAUUCAGUUACAUAGCGGAAUGAAACCAUUCUAUGUUCGAUGCGAGGAAACUAGCGAAGAUAAGUGGACCGUGAUCUUGAAUCGAUUCAAUGGAGCCACCAGUUUUUACCGAAAUUGGGUGGAAUACAAAAAUGGUUUUGGUAAUAUUGCAACGGAAUUCUGGAUCGGUUUGGACAAAUUGUACGAGAUAACAAAUUCGAAACUUCACGAACUGUACAUUGUGUUGGAAGACUUUGAUGGUGACAUAAAACACGCAAGAUAUUCUCAAUUUUCCAUUGGCAGUGAAAAGGAAGGUUAUCCUUUGAAUGUCCUGGGAGAAUAUACCGGAACAGCUGGCGAUUCAUUGUCAUAUCACGCUGGUAGUAAAUUCUCGACUUUCGACGUUGACAAUGAUGUAUGGCUUGAAGGAAACUGUGCUCAAUCGCAUACUGGGGGAUGGUGGUACAACUCAUGCGAUACGUCAAAUUUGAACGGGAAAUAUUUCAAUGGAACCGUCUCUGAGCUGGCCAGAUUUCAAGGCAUUUAUUGGAACGAUUUUCGUGGACCGACUUAUUCACUGAGAGCUGUUAAAAUGUUGAUCAAGGCUAUUCAAUAUCAGUAGACCAAGUCGGGUGUGUCGAAUGUUAAAACGUAGUUCUUUGUAAUCAAAACAUAAAUAUUGCCUGGACUCCUGUAGAAAAGAGUCAGGCUUUCGAACGCUAUGAUCUCUUCUUCUUCCAUCUCUUGUUAUAAUUUCGAAUAACUGGAAGUAACUACAUUCUCUCGUUUGCAUUAACCUUCCAAUCAAAAUACCAAAUUUUUUUACAUUUAAGUCUUUAAUUUGAAAAAUUCUUACUUCUUAGUAUUGUAUACAAUGUAUAAUAGCUUCACGUACACAAUAUUCUAUAGAAAAACUAUUUUUUUCACAUGCUACAAGUAUACGCAUUAUGCAUUCAGUUAAUUAACUCAAUUUGCUAAAUUAUAAAUGUAAAUCGUGGCAUAGCAACUGUCGCUAACGCUGACGAUCUUAAAGUGUAGUAAUUAUGUCGACUAUGUCUUUCGAAGCCACUGGCUGAGAGUUUCCUCCUUUCAGCGACAUCUCCAUGUUAGUUAAUGCACCGGAAACGUGGUACACAUUUUCCAUCAAUAUCGUUUGCGUCUCAAUGAGAUCAUAUUCGGUGCGUGAGGAAAUGAAGACGUCUUCAAUUGACAAUAAAUUUGAAUUUUAACAAAAAUUUGACGAAAUAAAAAUUUGCUAAAC